UGACGAAUAAAUUUGGAAAUUUCUUUGUUUGAAAUCUGGCAUGUUUGUCAGCUACUUUCGCCUUUCUAUUUCUUUCCGAGAACGAAACAAUCGAUUGCGGGUCUAUCUGUCUUGUCAUUCAUUGUUUUUGCAUUUCGUUCAGAGGUUGUUUUACAUUUUUCAUGGCUCUGUAAGGGGACAAUUUGCAUUAAUGUUUUUGUAGAAUAUUCCCAAUAAUAUAUUUCUUAAUGAGAAAUAUGCGGAGCUAGCCAAAUUUAAAUAGGAAUCUAGGAUGAUUUUAAUUUUUAUUUAUUCUACGAUCUAGGAUUUUUAACGGAUAUUUUAAUAUGGCUCGUGAACCGGUAAUUUUAAAUGUUUACGAUAUGUACUGGAUCAAUGAUUAUACAUCUCCACUUGGGAUUGGUGUUUUUCAUUCUGGUGUAGAAGUUUACGGUACAGAAUUUGCAUAUGGUGGUCAUCCUUUCAACUUUUCUGGAAUUUUUGAAAUUCAUCCUAGAGAUGCAGCUGACUUGGGUGACCAUUUCAGGUUCAGAGAAGCUAUAUUAAUUGGUUACACAGAUUUCACUGAACAAGAAGUGAGGCGAGUUGUUGAAGAACUUGGGAAAGAAUUUAAAGGAGAUUGUUAUCAUCUAAUGAGCAAAAAUUGCAAUAACUUUUCUGAGAGCUUUACGAAGAUUUUGUGUGGAUCUGAGAUACCUUCAUGGGUGAACCGAUUGGCCUACUUUAGUUCUUGCAUUCCUUUCCUGCAGCAAUGCCUGCCUCGUGAAUGGCUCACCCCCAUUGCCCUGCAGGCCUCAAUACGAGGCAGCUAUGAUUCCUCGCCGGCCUCUGAUCCACCUCGGAAAUGUAGUCUAUGAAAGUCACUUUCAGUCAUCUUCCCAAGUGUAAAAUCUCAUUUUUGUACAAAUAUAGUGUCCCAAAGACCUAUUCCAACCCUUGAAAAUCUCAUGGAACACCUUUCUGCCCUGCCUUGCAAAUUUAAAGUCUUCAGUAGAGGUGUAAUUUUUCAACAACUAUUUCUGCUCAGCCUCUGAAGAAUGUCUCCAUUUUAAAAAAAUUAUUUAAAUUGCUAGUUUUUUUCGCCUGACAUUCCAGCCUUUAUAUGAUCCUGUUAUAAACCGUUGACGAAUUUCAGUUGUAAAUGCUUGUAUGCAAAGUCAGCUUCUUGAAAGGAUCUCUGUGAUUUUAUAAUGUGUUCAUUACAUUGUCAUUCAGGUGCAUUUUCUCAUAUGCAAUGGAUUACUUUUGUGAUCUGUUAUGUUACUUUUAUUGUGAGAAGAAAUAUUUUAUUUAUUAUUCAAGAAUUGUUUGUAAGGUUGUUGUAACAUAGUUU